AUGGAUAGUUUGGUAGAUAAAAAUAGUGAUAAGCCUGAGGAGUUGGAAAUUGAUGGUUAUUUGGACGAGAGGGACAACGAAGACUAUGAGGACGCCGGCGAAGAGGAGGACAAUUUAUAUAUCAAUGAGGAAACAGAGUCGGGGCGGGAACAAGUGCUUAUUUCACACGGACCUCAGAAACGUAUAGUACCACCAUUGAAUUUUUGUCCGGUGGAGAGAUACCUAUAUCGAUCGGGACAGCCUUCGCCGGUGAACUUUCCCUUCCUACUGAACCUAAAUCUUAGAACAAUCAUUUGGCUGGCGAAUGAGGAGCCCCAAGACUCUCUGUUGGAGUUCUGUGAUGCGCAUGAUAUCCGUUUGCAAUUCGCAGCGAUAAAUCCUGAUGGAGGGGAGGAUGAUAACCCAUGGGAUGGGCUAACAGAGCACUCUAUUAUAAAUGCCCUCAAGACUAUUGUGGAUCAAGAUAACUACCCCCUGUUAGUUUGUUGCGGAAUGGGCAGACACCGUACGGGAACAGUGAUUGGAUGCCUACGACGUAUUAUGGGCUGGAAUCUGGCAAGUGUCUCGGAGGAGUAUAGACGGUUUACUGGUAGCCGAGGAGGCAGAAUUUUGGUAGAGUUGCUCAUUGAAGCUUUUGAUACAAAUUUGGUUGAGAUUGAUCGCAAAAGAGCACCUAGUUGGUUACUCACGGCGAGGGAACAGACCUUUGUACUUGGCAAUACAAUAUAG